AUGAAUACUAAAUUAAUAUUUUUAUGUUUACUGAUAUGUAUCUAUAUGGUAAAGUCUUCCAAGAUAUUAAUGGUUUUUCCAGCGCCCGUUCGAAGUCAUUUUUUUCUUGGAAAGGCCUUAGCAAAGGGGUUAUUAAAUGCUGGACAUGAAUUGGUAAUGAUUAGUCCAUUUGAAGACAAGGGCCUUCAAAAUACUGGUAGAUACAGAACGGUGGUUCUAUCUGGUAUCGAAAAUUUUACGGAAGGUCACGAAUUGCCAUCAUGGAGAGAAAUGGGCGAUAUCAAUCUAGUGCAGAUGGAGUUUCAUAUAAAUACCUUUGGCAAUUUACUAACGAAUUUCACUGUAAACCAUCAAAACUUCCAAAAAUUGAUUCGUUCUCAAGAAAAAUUCGACGUCAUAAUUUUUGAACAAUUUCUUACCGACGGUUUAAGGAUUCUUGGUUGUCAUUUCGAGGCACCGGUAAUCCUUUUUUCAACGUUCGUUACUAACUUCUGGACGAACGCUUUUACCAGUAAUCCUAGUCCACCGUCUUAUAUACCAGACACCUUUACCAGCUACACUUCCGACAUGAAUUUGUAUCAAAGAACCAUGAAUUCUUUAUUAAUACUAACAAGGCAUUUAAUCAGACAUUGGUCCUUUUUUCCUACACAAGAGGUUAUUAUAAAACAACAUUUUCCGGAAUGUCAUCCGCAUUUCUACCAAAGUCUUUACAAUGUGUCUCUAACAUUAGUGAAUUCACACGAAAGCAUCAACUACGCAUUACCGAUGGUUCCGAACAUGGUCCAAAUCGGUGGGUAUCAUUUAGAACCUCCAAAAGCACUGCCAGGUGAUAUCCAAAAGUUUAUGGAUGAAGCUAAAGAUGGUGUUAUUUACUUCAGUAUGGGUACAAAUAUAGAAUCAUCGUCUUUUGAUGAGGAUACUAAAGCAUUUCUUUUGCGCACGUUUGGGAAGCUGAAGGAGAGGGUAUUAUGGAAGUGGGAUGAGCAGAUAAUAGAAGGCAAGUCUGAGAAUGUUUGGAUACAGAAAUUUUUUCCACAGAGAGAUGUUUUGGCGCAUCCCAAUCUGAAAUUAUUUAUAACUCACGGUGGAUUAUUGAGCACUAUGGAGACAGUAUACUCUGGUGUACCAGUGCUUCUAUUUCCAGUAUUUGGAGACCAAAAAUUCAAUGCGGCCAAAAUUCAAAAUGAUGGUUACGGAUUGUAUAUAUGGCUUAGUAAAUUGACCGAAGAAAAUCUAACCGAAGCUUUAGACAAAUUGCUGAAUGAUCCAAAAUACCGAGAAAAUGUAAAGAAGAGAUCAAUUUUGUUUAAAGAUAGACCAAUACAGCCGAUGGAAUUGGCUAUUUAUUGGAUAGAAUAUGUUAUAAAACACGAAAGCGCGAAACAUCUUAGGGUGGCUGCAUUUCACCUCGAAUGGUACCAGUAUUUCCUUUUUGAUGUCGUCUUCGUAGUACUUAUUAGUCUUUUAGCAAUAGCAUCUUGUAUUUUUUAUGUUUGUUUAGUUUUAUACAAACGAUUUUUUAAAAGUAACAAACUGAAAAUUAAUUAA